AUGGCGGCGCACACGCAGAAGAAUAACAAGCCAAGGAAACUUGGAGGAAAGGAGUCGUCGCAGCCUUUGAUCAUUGCCAAAACUCCGGAGUUCGUCAGGGAUGUGAUGGGUUCCGGCGCCAGUGAGGGCAGCGGGGAGUUCCACGUUUGUCGGCGCCUCCGACGCGGGGAGUACCAAGGGCGGGACUUUCUGGACAGGAUGUCGGAGAAAGUGAAUGAGGAUAUCGAGUGUCUCGAUGAAGUGGAGCUGAGCAAACGGGCGGCCGGUGAUGGAGCAGCGGGGAGCGGGAGGAAGCGAAAAAGACUGACGCGCAAGAUGCGGAUGGCAAAGAUAGCCGAGAAGGUCCGUCAGGAGAGAGAGCGCAUCAGAGAGCAGAACCAGCAGGAGCGCAUGGAGAGGAAGAAUCAGAUCCAGAAGAGAAAGAAAGGGAAGCUUCCUUCUGACUACACGCCCUCCCCUGAGGAAACCAAGCUGCACAAGGGGAAGCAGAAACCUUGUAGGGAAGCCAAGAUUUCCAAGACACUGUGCUUCCAGGGGAGAGGGGUGACGGGCAUGGUGGUGUCGGUGGGGGGGUAA